AUUACCUACAAUUAGGUCACUUAUAAAAACCAGCCAUGGUCAUUCAGCCCAAUGACUAUUGAUUCUCUUCUUUGCUGUUGAAGAGGGUUGAUGCGGUCCGGUUUGUAGCGAUACAGGAUAAAUUCAGGGGCUGAGAGUGGGUCAGGGGUGUAUCCAUAGGACUACUGAGGUUCGAGUUCGUGAAGGGGCCCAGUGACGCGACUAGAGUUUUGGAAUACAGCUUGUCCACUACCGUUUGUGGAUAGUGUUCAAUUUUGGAUUACAAAGAUGGGGAACAAAUUGCGGAAAUUUGCUCGGGGAGGUAAAGAUGGGCCUGAGGAGGAGGACAAGGAGAAUAAGCCGGAACCAACUGCUGAAACUGAUGCUGAACCCAUUGCUGAAGAUUCAAAACCGGAGAUAGCUGUAACUAAUGCUGAGGACGAAGCUGCACAACAAAAGAAAUCGAGUACGCCUCCCAGUGAUGACCGGGAGGAGGAGGUUUCGCCCACGCCACAGCCUGCACCGAAAAAAAGAAGUCGGCGAGGCGCUGUCAGUGCGGAGGUUUACACAGAAGAAGAUGCCGCAUCAUAUGUCAAAAAGGUUGUCCCUAAGGACUAUAAAACAAUGGCAGCUCUCUCCAAGGCCAUUCAAAAGAAUGUUUUAUUUUCCCAUUUAGACGACAAUGAAAGAAGUGACAUUUUUGAUGCCAUGUUUCCUGUACACCGACAUGCUGGAGAAGUAAUCAUUCAACAAGGUGAUGAGGGAGAUAACUUCUAUGUAAUAGAUCAAGGAGAAGUAGAUGUUUAUGUGAAUAACGAAUUUGCCAUCUGUAUCGGUGAGGCGGGAAGUUUUGGAGAGUUGGCGCUCAUCUAUGGUACCCCAAGAGCUGCAACAGUUAAGGCCAAAUGUGAUGUUAAGUUGUGGGGAAUCGACCGCGAUAGCUACAGAAGAAUCCUCAUGGGUAGCACUAUUCGUAAGAGGAAAAUGUAUGAAGAAUUCUUAGCCAAGGUUUCAAUAUUAGAGAGUUUGGACAAGUGGGAACGUUUGACGGUUGCAGAUGCGUUAGAACCAGCACUUUUUGAAGACAAUGCCGAGAUCGUGCGACAGGGCGAACCAGGAGAUGACUUCUUUAUAAUCACAGAGGGCUGCGCCGCUGUAUUGCAGAGGAAAUCUGAAAAUGAAGAACCUGUGGAAGUUGGAAAGUUAGGACCCUCAGAUUAUUUUGGAGAGAUUGCGUUGCUGCUAGACCGUCCCCGUGCUGCCACCGUGGUUGCCCGAGGCCCGCUAAAGACGGUUAAGAUGGACAGGCAGCGAUUUGAGAGAGUUCUCGGCCCGUGCUCAGACAUCCUAAAGCGAAACAUCGCGCAGUAUAACAGCUUCGUAUCUCUAACGGUGUAAACUAGGAUACGCCACUUUGUAACGGAAACCUAAAAAACAGUGGGUUCAGUUCUGGGGUGGACUUUAUAACUUGUUGUGGCUAUACAGGCCUCAGAAUUCAGUUUAUGCCUUGGUUGUUUUUUCACGGAAAUGUUAAAAAGGAAAAUGCGCCCAAGCAAACCUGUUCAGUUGGGUUCAGGCAACGGAUGUAAUAUUUCUCCGCUGUGUUUGUAAAUUUUUUACCCUGCUGUUAUAGAACAUAGUAAAAUAUCUCAAAGAGCAGAUUUGUAAUACUUCAUAUUUAUCCUUAAUUUUCUUUGCUAUAUUACCGCCUUUGUCCAGGAUUAUUUGAUGAAAAAGUCUUGUCAAGCCGCAUAAAUUUGAUGUUGUACCUGAAGGCCAAACAAAUAUGAACAUUUGUUGUAAGUGUAUUCCUUCUACCUCAACCUCCUGUUUGUUUUGUUAAGUUCAUUUCCCAGGUUAGAGUGGUACUUCAUCAACCUGAAAGUUUCCAGGUUGUUGAACAAACUCCAUUAUUUCAUGCAGGACCUUCCUGAUCAUGCCACCAGUUUAUAAGUCAAGUUUUUAUUAGAAUAGAAUACAUGUAGGUCUACACACUUUCCCCAUCCACAAACUAGGCCUCUGAAAGUUACUUUCUUGGUUCUUCUCACCGCCCUCAAUCAAUUUCGGGCCGGCACUGAAACAGUUUGUUACGUUUUCUUUGUUGUGCUUUUGCCUGCAAUCGUGCAUGGCAUCUUGUUGCGGGGAACAAAAGGAGGAAUCGAUUAGAAUCAGUAUUUGAGGUCAUCUCUACGUACGUUUAUGUGAAUUAACACUGUACAUGUACACUACAUUUAUUGGUGUUAUUUAAUAUCCAUUAUUUCCGGUCAAAAUUGCGUAAUUUUGCCAUCAUAUCUGAAAUGUGAAUAAAAACCUCAUAUCAAAAGUGCUUAUAAGAACGUAGGUUAAUGUAUAAAUAGCGGUAUGUCUUAUUCAAUGCGAAAUGUAACUAACUGUUCUGAAUUUUGCAACUUAGUGAGCUACAUGUACACCGAUUUUUAUGUUACGUUUCAUUUUUUUCUAAAUUCACCAAAAAACUGACCAAGAUAUGUCAAAACAUGAUCUGAAUCAGCUUGCUUUUUCUGUCUAAAUGUAUCUUGGUCUUGCACUGACCAGAUUUGAGAAAGCCUCUCUACCAGUUCUUGGGACAGCACUGAGCGGUAAGAAAACUGGUUACUGGGCUUUAUAAGUUUUCAUUUAUAUAAGGUUUUCAAACACAUAUGCAUGUCCUAAUUUCUUACAGCCAAGAAUAGAUUAAGACUACUUUCUAUUCAUUCUAACUUUUGCCUACAAAAAAGAAUACUUUUAAAAAGGGGACAUCAUUUGAAAACUUGGACAUACACAGAUAUUGCGCUAGUCAUAUUGGGUAGAUUUCGUACAUAUACAAAUGUAUAAAAUGCACCAGAGUGUUCACUGUGUUUCUGUCAGUAGUUCUCAGUCUGAGUGGUCCUAACUCCUCACCUUUGUAUAAUAAUUCCACCCUUGAGAAUCAGUUCCCCAACUUACCGAGAGUCUUAUCUGAAUCUUUAGUAUUCAAGGCAGGCAUUCGAACUCACCGAGUAGCCGGCCCUGGAUAUUGCUUAGUAGAGCCGUAGAAAAAUGUGUGCAUCACAAAAAAAACAACCGGACAACAUUCCAUUGAAAGUCUCCAACAACACAGUUUUUCCAACAAUACCCGGUUUUGAAAAACUCCUUUCUCACAACAGGCCAGCUCGGCAAAUUGGAUGGCAUGUCAGAUCCUCGGCAACUUGGGAAUCGAUUCUCCUGGGUGACUUCUUUCAUAAUAAUGUGUGUCCAAGUUGGCAUCUGGCUUCGAAAAAGAUACUGUUUUCCGUACUGUUCUUAGACAUAACUAUAGACAAGUAUGCAUGCGAACCUAGCUGAAAAAGUAGUGCUCUGUAAAAUAGAAUUGGCUUCAUUUAUGACAUGACAGUUUAGUUGUUAGACCGAUCACGUAUGUUGUGUAGAAUCUUUUUGUUCACUCAUAUCUUUUCUGCCAACGGAUCAGAAUUUUGGGUUGAGAAACUAUUUGAUCGGACUAGCUACCCCCUGAUAUUGUAAAAAGAAAAAGUGAACAUGUAAAUCAACCAUUAAUUUGUCCACCCCUUUCCAAGAUAAACCUUUCAAUGACUGUUACUCCUUGUCAUGUUAAACAUCUUGAGGUCAUUUGAAUUUUCUGUUUGCCUACUAAUGCUACAUUGUAGAUUUUGUUGCAAAUGAGGACUUUCGUCACAAAAAUGUGAAAUCACAUUGCGAGGAAAAUGCAAUUUAACUUCGAUGGUUUUAUACAAAACGCAGAAUUUUGUGCUAAGUUCGAUUUUGAAAUCACACUGAUCAGUCAUAUUCUUCAAAAAAUCGGGUUAACACAUUUUUCUUUAUGACAGAAUUGGUAACCAAGAAUUCAACUCAGUUUGGGGACUUUCGCAUUUUGUGACAAAGCUUUUCAUGUGACUUGUUCUAUUCCUCAGUGGCCGUGUGAGCACGUGGAUAUUGUUGACGUGUUAAAAUAUCAUUUUAUUUUAUUAUUUUUCUUAACUAAUCCAUUACGUUUUUGAAAUAACAUGUUUUUAGUGACACUACCCAACAGCAUACCUCAAACCGGCAAAUAUGUUUAUUUUUAAAGAUUUUGCGAAUAACAUCGAAAAAAAUCACCAAAAAAAUAUCUGCGGAUUCAUCAGCUAGCAGAAAUGUAACCCAUAUCAAGUACAUGUCGACUCAUUGAAUCUAAGAAGUACAAGUAGUUGCAUUAACUACUGUAUACAGUCAUCACUCCAGAUAUGUACAGAUAUGUACACAAAUGAAGCACUACCAUAUUCAUUGGGCUGUUUUAGUCAUUCAUUCGACUCUACAUAGGAACAUGAAUGAUGGUCAACAACAAUUUGCCUCUUUCCUUUCAUCGGCGUCUCUUGUGGUGGAGUAGAUGAACUUCACCAGGUUAUUGGGUCAGGCUCUAAUGAUUCUGAUGUCUCGUCCACCGUGAUGUCAAAAACAUCAAAGGCUGACCUCAUAAGUCGGCAAUUUUGUUGCCCCAAGUGAGAAACUGAUCAAGAAAGGCAAAUUUGUACAGCUCUUUCCUUCAAUUGUAUAUUUAAACAGAAUUAAUGCCAACUCUGGGUUUAGCUCGACUCGUUGCCGUUGUAGACAAUCACAUAAGAAAGUGUUGCCAUCUGAGAAUAAUCUUGUUAAUGAAUGCUCUUGUGGUGGGCAAAUGUUAACACAUACAUGUACACAUGUGCAUCUCUCGAGGUUCAAGCUGACUUAACUCUGAGGAUGAGAAUGAGAUGAGAUAGACUAAUCCAUGCUGUUGGGUAAUGCAGAAUAUGUAAUUAGCUGUAAUGAUAUGAAUGUUGACUUAAUCAUUGCUGCAUCUGAGCAUUUCUGUUAACCGAAUAUGCCAGUAAUGUAUUAAAAACAGGUUGUCUGAACUUGGGUCGAAGUAUAUUUAGUAUAAUACAAUUAAAAGAAAAUUACAAAGUAAAAAGUCUUCUU